ACUUCCGGAUUUAAUUGUACACUGCUCGAGAAAAAAAAAAUCUCUUAAACCCAAAUUUUUAAUCCUGGUAGGCACCAAAAAAGCCGUCAGUAUUUUUGAGUAAAACCAUCCAUGUCAAGACAAAAAGAGGACUGCCGAAGUGUUGUGCUGCUUGUGCGUACAAAUCGGACCACAGCAGCCUUUCUGCCAACGUACCGUGCAUCUGUGCAUCUGGCUCAGUGACUACAACUUAAGACCUUGGCACCAUCGUGUGCCAGUCAUUCCAAGACCCAGGACUUAAGAAUCCAGCAGAAGAUGAAUGGUCUGUCCAUACGAGAGCUAUGCUGCCUCUUCUGCUGCCCUCCUUGCCCCAGUCGCAUUGCAGCCAAAUUAGCUUUCCUCCCGCCAGAGCCCACCUACGCCCUCCUCCCUGACCCAGAUCCUGCGUCUGGAGCAGGAACUGCAUCCGGUUCCACUACUGGGAGCACCCUCCCUUCUCUGGGAGCUCCCGGUCUACGGUCGCGUUUGGGCGCUGGUAGCGGCGGUGACAGAGGAGGCGGUGGCGUCAGCGGCGGUGGAGGAGGUGGUAGUUCUGGAGUUGGGAGUGGAUGUGAGAGCAGGUGGAAGCUGCAUCUCACCGAGAGAGCGGAGUUUCAGUAUUCUCAGAGAGAGCUGGACGUGACCGAUGUGUUCCUGACCAGGUCCAGCCGAGGGAACAAGGUUGGAUGCAUGUACAUACGCUGCGCCCCAAAUGCCAGGUUCACCGUGUUGUUUUCGCACGGCAACGCGGUCGAUCUUGGUCAGAUGAGCAGCUUCUACAUUGGCUUGGGCACGCGCAUCAACUGCAAUAUAUUCUCUUACGAUUACUCAGGCUACGGCGUUAGCACUGGCAAGCCGUCAGAGAAGAACCUUUAUGCUGACAUUGAUGCCGCCUGGCAUGCCUUGCGCUCUCGGUACGGCAUCAGUCCCGAGAACAUCAUCUUGUACGGACAAAGCAUCGGCACGGUGCCAACGGUGGACCUGGCGUCACGCUUCGAGUGCGCCGCUGUCGUGCUUCACUCUCCUCUCACAUCCGGCAUGAGAGUGGCCUUCCCCGACACCAAGAAAACGUACUGCUUCGACGCCUUCCCCAACAUCGAAAAGGUGUCAAAGAUCCCGUCUCCGGUGCUCAUCAUCCACGGUACCGAGGACGAGGUCAUCGACUUCUCCCACGGCCUGGCCCUGUUCGAGCGCUGCCCAAAGGCGGUGGAGCCCCUCUGGGUGGAGGGCGCCGGUCACAACGACAUUGAGCUUUACAGUCAGUACCUCGAGAGGCUACGGCGCUUCAUCAACCAGGACCUGGCCGCACAGCACGCCUGAGAACGGAACCAACGGCCUCUCGUGCAGCUGCGGCGGCGUUUGUGCGUGCUUGCGUGUGCGAGUGAGAGAGAGUGAAAGCGUGAGAAACGUAUGGCUCGGACAAGAAUCAUCUGUGUGUCUUUUAAACAACUUGUUACUUUUUAAAAGGAUUGCAGGCGAAGAUAUCAGCAUUUGAAAGGGGGGAAAAAAAAAGGUCAUUUUGUGUAUUUAUCUGUGGUGUAGUGUGUUUGUAAAGUGGGGGGAGUUCGACGGAGCUUCGCAUUUUAAAAUGAAUGCAAUUGGAAGCUUUCUUCUUCUUAAAAGAAAAAAAAAAAAGUAACAAUGAUGUGUUUUGUUCCAAAAGGCACACAGAUGUCAUUUAAAAGCGAAGGAAUGAUUGUGCACCAGGAUGUCGAAUCUUGGAUGAAUAUUCUGAUCGUGUACGUUUGUGGUUGUGCGUGUGAGAGAGUUGAAGCAGCUUUCAGGGGGGGGAAGUGAAGGACUUCCUUAUGACUUGGCUUGUGGUGAGUGAGGGAAAACUUUUUAGUGACUUAUCAUUAUUGCUGUUUUUUUUUGAUGUGUGUGUGUGUGUCUUAUUUGGGUGCGUGCGUGUGUAUGUAUGAAGAAUACCUCCACAGUUUGACCAGCUUUUUAGUGGACGACAACACUGGUCGGAAUUCCACUCUUGUUUAUCUGUCAGCGGACAUACAGAACUGACUGCCAGAUCGUAACUCGCUCGCGGCCUGGGGGGGGGGGGUGAGGAAGGUCUCCCUCCCAAACACCACUUCAACCACUGUAUUUUUAAAAAAGAAAAAACAACCCUGGCCGUUUCCUUCCUGUUUCCUGGCAGCGCCGUAGAUUUUGCCUUUUUUACUCUUAGCUGCUCCUCCGGACGGGGAUUGUGAUUUGUCCCCCCCCGUCUUGCUUUUCUUUCCACAAGCAAGAUGAGCCGGUCGGGAAUGUUUGUGAGGAGGAAAUCUCCAUGUUUGUGGAUGUUUUAGCAAUCCUCACGUUCAUUUGAAAAUUGGCUCGAAACAGAAGAGGUCACGUCUGUCAAAAGUGAGCGUGUAUAGCAGACGGGAGACACUAGAGGUGAAACUUUGGUCAUUUAGCGCAGAGCUGAAGAAACCAUCACACCCUCCGUGUGCACGUUCCAACUCAGGACGACAGUGGAACCUCCAAAGUUGAACGUAAACCGCUUCCGUGACUUUGAAUUUCCCAUAGCGAAUACCAUUUUUCCCCUGCGCGUUCAUAUUCAAGGGCCAAAGCACCGUCUAAUAGAAAAGUAUUGCUUCGGCGCCAUCUUGGUGUCAAAAUACUAUAUUGAAGUGGGUUGGGAAAGUUUCUGAAAACACUUUUCAGUCAAUUUCGGUGGGCUUAGCGAGUGUCGAUGGAAGAUGGCCGCCAGUGGCUUUACAUCUCCCGGAGCCGAGGAAGCGUCCUUGCUCGUCCGGUCACUUAUAUGUCUGUGGAGUUAGCACGCAGCUACCCACAUUCAAAUUUAAAUAUGUAAUUACCCCCAAAUCGGAUCUUGGAUGUAUUUAUUGGUGGUCUUUUAUGACUUUUUUUGUUCUUUUUUUUUUUUUUGCUUUCGAGCAGGAGCCUGAUUUAUUUAUUUUUGGCUCAUACCUCCUGGUAUUUGUAAAACAAAAAAAUACCCGUAAGCAGAAAAACCGCCCCAAAGCGCAUGCACAUAAAGAAGAUAAUGUCACCGUUGUUCCAUACUUUGUCCACUUGUUGACUGUCUUCAUUGUGUUCCAUGCAGCGACAGCGACAUUUGUUUUU